AUGUUCGUGCCAUUCUUUUCCCCUGCAUCAUCCACCGUCCCGUCAUCCAAGUCGUCGUCAGCAUCAGCAUCAGCAUCAUCCCCCCCAGACUCUUCCCCUCCUUGCGGUACCAUCCGUACCCCUCGUGUUCCCAUCCUCCCACCCCCGUCAUAUCUGUCGCCAGUGGUUCGGCCUCUACAUAACGCUUUCCUUGGACUGACUCCCCUCAGCAAUGCGCGCACCCGCGCCCCCUUCAAGCCGCGCUCAGCAGCCAAGGGCACGAGCAGUUACCAGCUGAGACAAUUUGCCGAAGCCACGCUGGGAAGCGGUAGUCUGCGCAAGGCCGUGAAACUGCCGGAAGGCGAGGAUCUGAAUGAAUGGCUUGCGGUGAACGUGGUGGAUUUCUACAACCAAAUUAACCUCCUCUACGGUUCGAUUACGGAGUUUUGCUCGCCCCAGUCAUGUCCUGAGAUGAAGGCGACCGAUGAAUUCGAGUAUCUGUGGCAGGACUCGGAGAACUUCAAGCGACCCACGAAGAUGUCGGCGCCGGAGUACAUCGAACAUUUGAUGAGUUGGGUGCAGAGCAAUGUCGACAACGAACAGAUGUUCCCCAGCCGGCUGGGUGUCCCGUUCCCCAAAGGCUUCACCAGUCUUGUGCGUCAGAUCUUCAAGCGGUUAUACCGUGUGUAUGCGCAUAUCUACUGCCACCACUACCCGGUGAUUGUGCAUCUGGGACUGGAACCGCACCUCAACACCAGUUUCAAGCACUAUGUGCUGUUCAUCGAUGAGCAUCGGUUGGCGAGUGGAAAGGAUUUCUGGGGGCCGUUGGGAGAUUUGGUGGAGAGUAUGCUGCGAAGCGAUUAG